UAACAUCUGCAAACACAAAUCUUUCUUUUCUAUUUUGCUCAAAGGCGCUAAUUCUAAUACAAAUUCACCAGCAGAAGAGAUCUUAAACAAGAAACGCCCUCACAUGGCUUCUUUGCAAGCUUCUAACUUUCUAGCAUCUUCUUCUUCUCCUUCGAAGCAAAUCCAUGCCGCUAUAUCGGUCCCAAAGCUUCCAUCAAUACGGUUUUCAGUUCCAAAAGUACCAACCAAAAGCUUGCCUGUGGAAUUGAAUACUAGGGAUGGGUUCAUAAAUACAACUCCAUUUCAAAAGAAUGUCAUUGGGAGUGAGACACGGCCGGUUCAAGAAAGCUUAUCUGCUUCAAUGGCUACGGUACAACUUUAUGCUAUCUUAGAGUCCGUUAUUGAUAGAGUGGAGAUGCACAACAACGUCGGCCAACAACGGGAAAACUGGAACACCCUUCUUCUUAAUUCCAUCAACAUGAUCACCCUCACCGCCGCAACCAUGGCUGGUGUUACUGCAACUGGCGGCGCUGGGGUUUCUGUUUUGGGUUUGAAGCUGGCUUCGACUCUCUUGUUCUCUGCAGCCACGGGAAUGUUGGUGAUGAUGAACAAAAUCCAACCUUCACAGCUUGUGGAAGAGCAGCGUAAUGCGACGAGAUUGUUUAAGCAGCUCCAGGGACAAAUAGAAACCCUACUUGCCAUUGGCUCUCCAAGCAAAGAAGAGGUCAAAGAUGCUAUGGAGAAAGUGUUGGCUCUAGACAAAGCUUACCCUCUUCCCUUGUUAGGCGUAAUGCUUGAAAAAUUCCCGGAAAGUUUAGAGCCUGCUGUUUGGUGGCCAAAGACCCAGUCUCAGAAAACAAACAAAAAAAAGCACUCUAACGGAAAGGUAGAGAGCAAUGGAUGGACGGAGGAGCUGGAACUGGAAAUGAGACAAGUCCUAGAGGUGAUUAAGAGAAAAGACAGUGAAGAUUACGAGAGGCUAGGAAACAAGGCACUGAAGAUGAAUAAAGUUUUAGCUGCAUCAGGGCCAUUACUAACUGGGAUUGCAGCUCUAGGAUCUGCCUUUAUGGGUCCGUCCAAUGGUCCUUGGGCAGCAAUAAUAGCAGCUGUUGCAGGUGCUUUAGCUUCGGCUGUCAACACAUUCGAGCACGGUGGCCAAGUUGGUAUGGUGUUCGAGAUGUAUAGGAACAACGCCGGUUUCUUCAAACUCGUGCAAGAAUCAAUUGAAUGGACUCUGAGUGAAAGCGAUUUGGAGAAAAGAGAAAACGGGGAGUUGUUUGAAAUGAAGGUGGCAUUGCAAUUGGGAAGAAGCUUAUCACAGCUGAGAGAUCUAGCCAAAAAACCCAGUUAUUCUUGUAUAGAAGGAAGCCCAAUUGAUGAAUUCGCAAGCAAGCUGUUUUAACCGGUAGAGAUUCAACAUCACAGCAUGUGCAUAUAUACAAGGAUUAUUCUUUGAUUCAUUCAAUUAACCACUGAUAAUAUUUUUUGUACAAUUUUGUAAAGAUGAUAGGAGAUAAAGUUGUACCAUGUACGUCAUGCCGCAUGCAUGGAAAAUUUUAAUUAAUAAUUAUAAAUUAAAUUAUAAUUUUAUUUAAAUAAUAA